GUUUCAGGACACGGGGAGGGCUCUCGCCGAUAAACAACUUUGGGAUCAAAACAAUCUCUGAAGAACAGCAACAUAGCGGGAACCUUUCCGUACAACGACCACACCCGAAGACAAACUUAACGUUACUUUGAUUUGGUCAGAUCGCAAUCGAGGAAUAGAGAUGCUUGGAAAGAUUCUUUCUCAUCUGCUGGGGAACGCUGAGGAGGAGGACUGUGAGGCAGCAGAUGAAACUUACAAAGAGCUGAUGGAGUUUGAGGAGGGAGGAUGGGUCAUUGUUAAUCUCCCAGAGAACGGGCCCCUGUCAGCCCCUGAGGCCGAUCCUCUGGAGAACCUGCUGAUCGAGCACCCCAGCAUGUCGGUUUACCAGAUGAGACGCAGGAUGAGCGGCGCUGAGGAGGAGGAGGAGGAGCUAGGCUCUGAUGAAGAUGAAGAGGACACCUCCAGGCCAGUGGCAGUGAGGCGGCACAUUUCCUGGCGUCUGGCCGCCUGGGGAAUCCCUCUGCCCUGCAACAUCCAGCUGCUGACUGUCCAGAGGGCCAGGACUCAGGCUGAGCGUAAGAAGCUUAGCCGCAGCGCCCUCCACAGGCAGAACCUGGCUAAGAUGCGAUUCUCCCCGGCAGAGAAACGCUACGGCCACUUCAAGCAGCCCUGUCAGCGCCUCUACAACUACUGAUCAGGAGCCAUGGAGCUGCUUGUGAGAGGGUGUGUUUCAAGUUGCCUCCACCAUAGCCCGGUUGUGCAACACAGUGCCUUGAUUCUGAAUUACUCAGGUUUUCCGCCACUGUUUCACCUCAACACAGUUGCUACUGCACAUCCACCAAGGCAAAGCAUGCGAGAUUCACCACUUCCUGUGCAGUAAAAUGAUCCGUCAAAUGAACCACAGCAAGUUUUUAUUUUGAUUUUAAUACAGGCAACCUGCACUGCACCCCUCACAUCUGAAACCACUGACAACAAUGAAUCUUGAUCUCCUGACAUCGUGAAUGACACAGCUGGUCCCUCAGUUUGGGACCUCAGGUAGUAACACACAGUUACUGUCACAUAAAAGCCUUUGUACAUUAUCAAAUGAGAACAGUUGAGUGAUUUAGAUUGAUUAGAUGUAGUAAGUAGGGUUAGGACUUACAGGAAGUUGGAGGUGUGUGAAAGUUAUUUUAAAGGUGUUUUAUUGUGUUACACUGAUCCAAAUAUGAAAACGUCAGAUCUUAAGAAUAUUUUGCUCUGUUUUCAUUCAUUAUGAUGCAGUUGAAUUAUGGCACAUGUUGAGCAGUUAUUCUUUGGUUGUAUUCAUUAUGUGCCUUGGCUUUAAAUGUUCUUGUGACAAAUGUAUUAAUAUUUCAUACCACAGUGAUCUGUACAGUAUCCAUGUCCUGCAAAUACAUCUGUGAAUUUUCUGCUUAAGAAAUAAUUACAAAAAACACUGUUCAUGUUUUGUAUUGAGUUUACCAUUUUGUACUUUCCAGCGAGUACUCACUUUUUUCAUGUAACACAAAUUGUUCAUUUUAAACAAGUGUAAAUACAGUUGAAUAUUGUGUUUUUCUAUAUGUGUGUAUUUAUAAAAUGUACAAAAAAAAUUAAAAUCUUGUUUUCUUAA